CUCACCUAAGUAUACCAGCAAUAUUUACAUCCCCUCCCAGAUGGGCACUGUCCAUCCGCCGAGUCCAUCCGCCGUGGCUCUACCUAGUACCCACUGCCCAGAGCACCCACCUAGAGCACCAAUUCCCUUUCGAUUCCCUUUCGAUUCCCUUUUCGAUUCCCAAUCCGGUAAAUUAACCACAAUUACCUCCAUUAUCCCACAAUUACCACAAUUACCUCGAAUUAUCCUCCAUUAUCCUCCAUUAUCCCCCCUCCCCAUUUCCCCCAUUAUCCCCCAUUUCCAAUUAUCCCAAUUAUCCCGCUCAUUCCCAGUAUUCACCGCAAUACCCGGUUCCCCCCAUCCCCCCUCCCGUGCCCAUUCACCCCCAUUCACCCCCGUGCCAUCCCCAUCCCCCGUGCUAGAUAUGAUCCCUCGAGAUCUAUCCAUCCGAUCAUCCACAUCUUGUGCACAUCCCCACCUCCCAUCCGCUCCGUCCCUUCCCAUCCAUCCGCCCCCGCCCCGCAGGCCGUCCCACAACGGGUAAAAUAAAAACACAAAAAGUAAAAUUCUCAUUCUAUUCACC